AUGGCGUCUCAACCCAUUGGGUCGGGUCAGGCCGACCUGCCGCCCGUCGACAUCAAGCCAUUGUUGACGAAGCUCUGGCCCGUGAACGUCGAGGUCACGCCCGACGAGAUUGCCGAGGCCAUCUCUCACUUCUUCACCAACCAAGUCACCGAGGCCCAGACGGCCUCGCUGCUCAUGGCGCUGCACUUCACCAAGAUGGACUUUCGGGCGGACGUCCUGGCCAAGUGCGCCCACGUCAUGAUGCACGCCGCGGCUCCCAUACCGACGGACGAGCUGAGGCAAGUCCUGGAGCGGCGCGGGAGGAAAGAGGGCAAUUACAGAGGUGGCCUGUGUGAUAUCGUAGGCACCGGCGGAGACGCCCACAACACCUUCAACAUCAGCACGACGUCAUCCAUCCUUGCGUCGGCGCUGCUCUUGGUCUCCAAGCACGGCAACAAGGCCAGCACAUCCAAGUCGGGCAGUGCCGACAUGGUCAACUGCAUGCAGCCGCGGGCGCCCAUCAUCAGCGCCGUCAAGCCGGACACGCUGGUCAAGGUCUACUCGGCCACCAACUACAGCUUCCUCUUCGCCCCCGUCUUCCACACCGGCAUGCGCUACGUGGCGCCCGUCCGCAAGCAGCUGCCCUGGAGGACCAUCUUCAACAACCUGGGUCCGCUGGCGAACCCCGUCGACGACGUGCUCGAGGCGCGCGUCAUUGGCGUCGGCCGCAGAGACCUCGGCCCUGCCUUUGCCGAGGCGCUGAGGACGGCCGGCUGCCGCAAGGCCUUGAUCGUCUGCGGAGAGGAGGAGCUCGACGAGCUCAGCUGCGCCGGCCCGACGCUGUGCUGGAUGCUGAAGGAAAAGACGCCCGGCGGCGAGGUCUACGUCGAGCACUUCAAGGUCUCGCCGAGUGACUUCGGGCUCCAGCCGCACCCGCUGAGCGAGGUGUCGCCGGGCAAGGAGCCGGCUGAGAACGCCGAGAUCUUGCGCCGCAUCCUGCACGGCGAGAUGCCCGAGGACGACCCCCUGAUCGACUUUGUCCUCAUCAACACUGCCGCACUCCUGGUCGUGUCUGGCAUCUGCGAGGCGGACACCAGCGACAUGGGGCACGGCGACGACGGCAAGGUCGUCACGGAGCGUGGUCCGGCGGGACAGCGCUGGAAGGAAGGUGUGCGGAGAGCCCGCUGGGCCAUCAAGAGCGGCGAGGCUUGGAAGCAGUGGCGGGCGUUUGUGGACGUUACCAACGAGAUUGGCGCCUGA